AUGUCAGUUCCUUCAUCAGCUGCAUCUACCACCUCGAGAGCCAUCCCAUUCAAUGUGUCUCGACAGGACAUGAUCAACUUCUCGACAUCGUUGGGCGGCACUUUAUACGGCACCACCCCAGGUGGCACCAAGCUUGUCUAUGACAAGAACACUCUCUUGCAAUACCGUAACUCUCCUCUUGCAAAGACUCCACCACCACCUGAAAUGGCCAACAUGCUCAACAUGAUCAACAAGUCCCAAUCCUCCCCACACCCACAUUCAAAACCAAUUCACUCUAACAAGCAACCCGCAGCAGCAUCGACCAGCGCUGAAGCCAAAAACACCACGAAACAAAAUGAAGAUGAUAUUUUCGAAAUGGAUUAA